CGGGCGGGCCCGUUCGGGGCGGUGCCGGAGCCGCGCGGCGGGGCCGGGAGCGGAGCGGGAGCGGCGGAGAGAGGUUGUCAGGAGCGUUUAAGCAGGCUGAGCUCCCGACUGGCCGUUUGCAGGGGAGAGGAGCGCUGACAUGAAAAGUAAGGAGCUGCAUUAGCGCACGCCGCUCGGCGCUGGGCAGGCAGGCGCUGCGCGAGUGAGUGCAGCCAUCUGCUGAGAUUGUGGCCUGUUGUUUGGAGCUUUCAGCAAGACACUCCUCUACCGUGAGGCUGGGAAGGCUGUCACUGCUGCAGGAGGUAAAAUAAGAACAUGGCAUGAUGUCCUUUGGAAAAGGAGCGAUGGCAGCCAUCAGGAAGAAGCUGGUGAUUGUGGGAGAUGGUGCCUGCGGAAAGACGUGUCUGCUGAUCGUGUUCAGCAAAGACCAGUUCCCCGAGGUCUACGUGCCCACGGUGUUUGAGAACUACAUUGCUGACAUAGAGGUGGAUGGGAAGCAGGUGGAGCUGGCCCUGUGGGACACAGCAGGACAGGAGGACUAUGACAGGCUGCGGCCCCUCUCGUACCCGGACACAGACGUCAUCCUCAUGUGCUUUUCCAUCGACAGCCCGGACAGCCUCGAGAACAUCCCUGAGAAGUGGACGCCGGAGGUGAAGCACUUCUGCCCCAACGUGCCCAUCAUCCUGGUGGGGAACAAGAAGGACCUGCGCAACGACGAGCACACGCGGCGGGAGCUGGCCAAGAUGAAGCAGGAGCCGGUGAAGCCAGAGGAGGGGAGGGACAUGGCCAACAGGAUCAACGCCUUCGGCUACCUGGAGUGCUCGGCCAAGACGAAGGAGGGGGUGCGGGAGGUGUUCGAGAUGGCCACGCGUGCCGGGCUGCAGGUGCGCAAGAACAAGAAGCGCAGGGGCUGCCCGCUGCUGUGAGCUGCUGCCGCACAGCCCCGGCGGCGCCUCGGGGUGCCACCACCUGCCCCGAACCCCUCGCGCCAGAGCUGCCACCCGCGCUCGCAGGGUGUCCCUGCGACAUUCCAGGGCCGUGAGUGCCUUCAGCGCCUGCUGCUCUCCGAGGGCCGGCUGCUCGCGUCGCUCCCCGCGUCGCCCCGGUUUGCCCUGAGCCCCCUGGGUUUGCCCUGAGCCCCCUGGGUUUGCCCUGAGCUCCCUGGGUUUGCCCUGAGCAUCCUGGGUUUGCCCUGAGCUCCCUGGGUUUGCCCUGAGCUCCCUGGUUUGCCCUGAGCCCCCUGGGUUUGCCCUGAGCAUCCUGGGUUUGCCCUGAGCUCCCUGGGUUUGCCUUCCCCGUGGGCAUUGCUGUGGUGUUCACUCCCUUUCCCAGCUCUGGGCAGGUGCCACAGAAGCAGGAGGUGCCGGUCGCAGCUCACGCGUGGGGUGUGCCGGGCCCUCGGUGUGUUCUGCCUGCGCUCCUGGGCCGUGCAGGCAGCAGCCAGCAGAGUUACAGACUUGCCUGGGCAGUUUCAGCCCUGCCUGAGCAGAGCUGGGCUCAGCUGCUGCCAGCAGCUCCUCCCGGGACGCGUGCCCAGCUCUGCCGGCAUCGCCGCCUUCGAGUCUGCCUCGGUCGUGGGCUUGGCAGCACCAAACCCAACUGCUUAAUUGGGAGAAUAAAUGCAAACUGGUAUUUUAGUAAUUAUAA